GCGCGCCGGUCUUCGUCUUCUGCUGAUCCGCCAUGCCGAGUCCUACAACAACGCGCUGAUGGCGGAGAGCCGGGCAUGACGCCAGAGCGGUGGCAGGCGGGACGGCAGGCCGACCCGGGCCUGAGCGACGAGGGGCUCGGGCAGGCCGAGGCGCUCGCCGACUUCCUGGCCGGCGGUGCGUCCGAGUGCCCGCUGUUCGCUGGGGUGGUGCCCCUCGGCAGGCUCCUCGUGUCGCCGGUGAAGCGGCCAUGCAGACGUUGCGACCCACCGCGGAGCGACUCGGCUUGGUACCGCAUGUGUGGACCGAUUGCUUCGAGGUCGGCGGCAUCUACGACUCAGGUGGCACCCUGA